AACCCUGAGGAGAGUCGGAGGAGGGGAGCUGCACAAUGUCCAUCUGAACAUGCACAAAUAAGACCGUGCUUCAGCUGCUGCUUGAUCAGAGCAAAGAAGAGAAGAAAAUGCGGCUGCAGAAGGAGACGUUCUGCUCGAGAAGACCUCGUCCAUCAUCAGGGGUUCCUCAGGGGUGGAUGUGCAGCCCGGAGACGGUUUUAAUUUAUUAUUGCUUUAAUCCAGGGUCUCCUUUCUCAGGCUGAGACUCAGCACAUUAUUGUGAAAGGGAUGAGUCCUCUCCGGCCGUGUGGCUGCUCCUCGAACGUGUCCAAUGGAUGUGAGCGGCAGCAACGUGACCACGGCGGUGGACAACAUGUCGACUUCACCGCUGAUCUGGGAAACAGGGACGGCGAGUUCUCUGGCUCCUCAGAUCACAGCUGUAAACAGCACAUCUGGAGCGACGCCGCUGGAGGUCUCGGAGGGAAGCUCAGUGCUGCGGGGAAUAGCCGUGGCCGCUCAGGCUCUCCUCCUCCUGGCCAUCUUUCUGCUCUCCAGCUUGGGAAACUCAGCCGUGGUGAUCGUGAUCAUCAAACACCGGCAGCUCAGGACGGUCACCAACGCGUUCAUCAUGUCCCUCUCGCUGUCCGACUUCCUCACGGCCGUGCUCUGCCUGCCUUUCUCCUUCAUCAUGCUGUUCAGUAAGGACGGCGCGUGGAUGUUCGGCGAGCGCUUCUGCAUCGCCAACGGGUUCUUCAACACCUGCUUCGGGAUCAUCUCCACCCUCACCAUGACGCUCAUCUCCUUCGAUCGGUAUUACGCUAUCGUCAGGCAGCCGCAGGAGAAGAUCGGGAGGAAGAAGGCCAUCCAGCUGCUGGUGGCCGUCUGGCUGUCAGCAGUGAUCUUCUCUUUCCCGUGGUAUCUCCUCGUACGGACGUCGGAACACCUCGUCAUUCACAAGCGUGGAUUUUACCACUGCAUGUACGUUUUCCACUCGGGGACGUCCCGCAUGGGCACGGUCUACAGCGUGUCCCUGAUCGUCGUGUGCUACCUCCUUCCGUUUGCGCUUAUGUGCUUCUGCCACUACAACAUCUGCAAAACGGUGCGUCUCUCCGAGAUCCGGGUUCGACCCGUCACCACGUACGCGCACCUGCUCCGCUUCUAUAGCGAGAUGCGAACGGCUACGACCGUGCUCAUCAUGAUCGUCUUCAUCAUCUUCUGCUGGGGUCCGUACUGCCUCAUGGGGAUCGUCACGGCGAUCGGAAACUACGCCUUCAAUCCGGCUAUGGACGCCGUGGCCGUGUGCAUGGCGUGGGCCAACGGCGCCAUCAACCCGCUCAUUUACGCCAUGAGGAACCCCAACAUCUCCAUGCUGCUGGGUCGCAGCCGUGAGGAAGGAUACAGGACUAGAAACGUGGCUGCUUAUCUGUCUGCACAGACUCGAACACGCAGACGAACAGCGUCACGCUCGCACGCAAUACGAGAGCGCUACAUAACAGGAACACGUGCUGCUGGAAACAGUCGAGUGUCGUCUUCAAGCCCGGCCAACGGUGGAGAAGUGGCCAUGUGGGCGUGCAAGAACCCAGCCGUGUUUUUCUGCACAGACGCACAUCUCGACACGGCCACCGAGCUCGGACACGAACCCAAACACGACACGGCCAAUACCAGUCUCUGAUUUUACACCUUUCCCAAAGGCUCGUGGAAUUAGGUUUAUAAACACGCAUAAGUAGCUGGACUGGCGUUAUAAAUGUCACUUGCAUCAAUGUUUACGUAAUUUUUUAAGUGCCAAACUAGACACCAGGGUGCGUGCAAUCGCAUCACAACACUGUGGACAAAUCGAGACGUAACUUUUUGGCCUACAGCGCUUUAAUAUGGGGGAGACGUGGGAUGGUCGUAACACUUUUUUUUAACAUUCGUCUUCAUUUAAAGCUGCAGUUCGCCUCCGUAAACAAACAGUAAGGAAACUAAAUUACGUUCUCAAAGUUGGAUCUGACAUGAAAAAUCACCAAAAUUAAACGCAAUGAAAUUAUGUGAUGCAAAAAAAAAAUCUACUGAAUGUGACAAAAUCCACUAAAAUAAAAAUAUUUUACUUGUUAAAUUCCUCUAACCAAAAGCUGGUGUGACAGAUUUAAUUCAAAUACUUUACUCAAAAUCCACCACUUUUUUUUACACAUCUGUUAUACAAAUCAGGCGUAUCCGUGUCUCUGUGCUGAAUAAAAAUGAAGUUAUUCAGCUUUGAAGUUGUAGAGAGAAAUGAAUUAUUCAUUAAAAUUGAAUCCAAUCAUAUUAAGCAAACAGGGAUUUGUAUUAGCUGUGCACGGUGGCCAACAAAAGCCUUCUACAUUCCACACUGCAGAUUAUUUCAUAGAAAGUGAAAAUAUCCUGAAUAUAGCAAAAUAUAUUUAAUAAUCCGAAUAUUAUAUCUAAUUAUGAGAUUACUGUAAAACAAUUGAAAUUGCUUGAAACUGUCUUAUUCUAUUGGUAGAUAAAUUCACGUCGUUUUAGAAAGAAAUGCUUUAAAUAGGUCAAAUUAUCUGCAAACACAAUAAGACAAAUAGAAUAAGCUUGAAAUAUGUCUAGAAAUGGGCUCCAUAAUCCUAUUUUUGUUUUACUGUAAAGAUUUAAACGAUUGCUCAGUUUGUGGGUAAUGAGACAGAAAUUUUCCUGUAAGACUGAGAGUUGAGUGUCGCCAUAUCUGGUCAUGUGAUUUAUAGCUUACACCUUAGGAAUUUAAACUGUUACAGUGUUACGCCAUUACAGUGUUACACUAACACAGUCUUACAGCGUUUCAGUGUUACACUAUUACUGUGUCACAGAGUUACAUCAUUACAGUGAUACACUAUCACAAUGUUACACUAUUACAGUGUUAGAGGGUUAUAGUGUUACACCCUUACAGUGUUACGCCAUUACAGUGUUUCACUAUUACAGUCUUACAGCGUUUCAGUGUUACACUAUUACCGUGUGACAGAGUUACAUCAUUACAGUGUUACACUAUUACAGUGUUAGAGGGUUACAGUGUUACACUAUCAUAGUGUUACAGGGUUACACAGUUACAUCAUUACAGUGUUACACUAUCACAAUGUUUCACUAUCACAGUCUUUCAGUGUUUCACAGCGUUUCAGUGUUACACUAUUACUGUGUCACAGAGUUACAGCAUUACAGUGUUACACUAUUACAGUGUUAGAGGGUUACAGUGUUACACCAUUACAGUGUUACACUAUCACAGUGUUAGAGGGUUACACUGUUACAUCAUUACAGUGUUACACUAUCACAAUGUUUCACUAUCACAGUCUUACAGCGUUUCAGUGUUACACUAUUACCGUGUCACAGAGUUACAGCAUUACAGUGUUACACUAUUACAGUGUUUAACAAUGUUGCACUGAUUCAGUGUUACCCUAGCACAGUGUUAUGUUGUUAUGGCCUUACAGUGUUACACCAUUACAGUGUUAUACUAUCACAAUGUUACGCCACAGUGUUAGAGGGUUACAGUGUUACGGCAUUAACUGAUUACUGUUUAACAGUGUCGCACUGUGUAUUACAGGGUUACGGUGUUAUGGCAUUUCAGUGUUACAGCAUUACAGUGUUACACUUUUACAAUGUUAAACUAUUACAAUGUUAUAGUGUUACAGCAUUACAGUGUUACAGCACUGCAGUGUUACACUAUUACAAUGUUACGGCAUUAAGGCGUCAUGAUGUUAUGAUUCUCCCCGUCUCCCUUCCUCAUAUGAAAAAGCGAAGAUUUCCUCAUUGCACUAAGAAAUGAAAAUAUAAACAAGAGCCAAAUUAUUUGCUUAUUCAUAUUUAACUGCAUUUCUUUGAUCUUUUUUAUUUGCAACACACACACAAACACACACAAACACACACUUUACAUCAUAUAGAAAUCAUUUUUCAGAGGUUUUGUGCACACGAGCAUGCACGCUGAUCUAAAACAGAUGGACACUGCUAUAAAAAAACAUCAUAAGGAAACUGUUUACACAAUAAAGAUGGCUUUUGCUCCAACAAAGUACAAACUGUCUUUAUUAAUCAUCCAUAUUAAUAUUUAACUUGUCGAAAACUUCAAAGGAAAGGGAUUUU